AUGGACACCUUCAGCGCCCGCAACCUGGCCCUGCAGACGCAGAAGAAACUUCUGAGCAAGAUGGCCUCUAAGAGCAUGGCCACGGCGCUCCUGGACGAGGCGAGCGGCGAGGUGCUGGACGAGCUGUACCGCGCCACCAAGGAGUUCACGCGCAGCCGCAAGGAGGCUCAGAAGGUGAUCAAGAACUUGGUCAAGGUGGCCGUGAAGCUGGCCGUGCUGCUGCGGGCCGGGCAGCUGGCGGCCGACGAGCUGGCGCUGCUGAGGCGCUUCCGGCAGAAGGCGCGCAGCCUGGCGCUCACCGCCAUCAGCUUCCAGCAGGUGGACUUCACCUUCGACCGCCGCGUGCUGGCCUCGGGCCUGCUCGACUGUCGGGACCUGCUGCUGCAGGCGGCCGGGCCGCACCUCACGGCCAAGUCGCACGGCCGCAUCCAGCAUGCCUUCCGCCACCUGGCCGACGGCGACUUCCUGGCCGCGCUCUACGGGCCGGCCGAACCCUACCACUCGCACCUGCGCCGCAUCUGCGAUGCCCUUGGCCGCUUGCUGGACCAGGACGGUAUCUGACUGUGGGGGACGCUGCACGCCCCGGCCUGGCGUGGGGGGCAGUGGCAGGGGAUGUGUGAGAUCCUGACGAUGCCCACACCCCGCACUGCCUGGGGCUGCUGCACCCCAGAACCCCGAGUCAGGGCUGGGUGCAUGCGCACCCCCCGGGAGACUUAUUGGGAAAAUGCAACUGAACUGCUGCGAGCCCUAGGUUUUCUGAGACGGACAUGACUUUUUUUGUUUUUGGAGAGGCAGAGUGAGCUUGCGCGCCUGCUGCGCCUCCACGCGGCCCUCGCCAGGAAACCGAGCACCAUCUGGGCCUCUCACGUGGGCGGCUGCAGGAACCCCGAGCCACCUGCCACCCCCUGUCCGGGGCGCGGUCACCAGGGCCGGACUUGAACCCUGGGGCCAGCAGGCGGCUGACCCCAACACUUAGCCCCUGCGUGCAGGGUGAAGCUCAUUCCCACGCGUGGAUAUCAUCAUGACUCUACACCAAAUG